AUGAGGUAUAUUUUUUAUGAACAAAGAGUAGUUAAAAUCCUCAGCUCUGAUGAUAAAUAUAUUUACAGCUCUUUUUUGUGGUGCCUCGGAGGAAGUAGGCUUCUUCAGGAUGAAACUGACAUCUCUUUCCCAGCUACUGGUUACCAGAGACUCAUUGAAGUGGAUGAUGAAUGCAAACUUCGUACCUUUUAUGAGAAGCCUACAGCCACAGAAGUUACUGCUGAUGUUCGGUGGAAGGGUUAUGUGGUCCUAAUCAGUAGUGGUGAUGACAAACAAGUCCUCCCCAUGAGGCAGGAUGUCUUGACCCAUGGCCCUGUUGUCCUGCUGCUGACUAAAGUGCGUUCCUGCUAUACACCAAGGAGGACUGAAGAGAGAAAAAAGUACAAAUCUAUUCGGGGUUGCAUGGUGGAUGCCAAUCUCAGUGUGCUCAACAUGGUCAUUGUGAAAAAAGGGGAGAAGGAUAUACCUGGACUCAUUGAUACUACUGUGCCUCAUCACUUGGGGCCCAAAAUAGCCAGCAGAAUCUGCAAACUUUUCAGGUCCACAUCUAAAGAAGAUGAUGUCCACAAGUUUGUUGUGAGAAAGCCCCUAAACAAAGAAGACAAGAAACCUAGAAACAAAGUGCCCAUGAUUCAGCAUCUUGUUACUCCAUGUGUCUUCCAACACAGAUGUCGGUGUAUUGCUUUGAAGAAACAGCAAAUUAAGAAAAAUAAGGAAGAGGCUGCAGAUUAUGCUAAAUUUUUGGUCAAGAAAAUGAAGGAGGCCAAAGAAAAAUGUCAGGAACAGAUUGCCAGCAGACAGAGGCUGUCUUCUGUGAGAAUUACCUCUAAGUCAGAGUCCAGUUAA